GCUCAUCUCUGCAAAGCUCCAUCUGCAGCAAGCACCACCCCCUGCUCCUGCCAACACCUGUCAGUAGCCAGCAGCCCCGAUCUUCAGUGAUCACCCGAGCCUCGGAACCGCACGCGUCAUGGCCGCCGCCGCUUCCUCCAGAUUCUUGCCUCUCGGCUUGCAGUUAGCUGCUUGCUCCGUCGUCCUGUUACUCGCUUUGGCCGGAGCUGCUCAUGGCCAUCCGCACGGAGCCGGCUCGGCGCUGAGCUCCGCGUUCUACGACGCGUCGUGCCCCGGCGCCUACGACGUCGUCCGCCGCGUCAUCCGGGACGCGCGCGCCUCCGACCCGCGCAUCCCGGCCAGCCUCAUCCGCCUCCACUUCCACGAUUGCUUCGUCAACGGCUGCGACGGCUCGCUGCUCCUCGACGAGGACCUCCCGGCGAUCCAGACCGAGAAAGACGUGCCCGCCAACAUCAACUCGGCGCGCGGCUUCGAGGUGGUCGACGACAUCAAGAGCGCGCUGGAGGAAGCGUGCCCCGGUAUCGUCUCCUGCGCCGAUAUCCUCGCCCUCGCGGCCGAGAUCUCCGUCGAACUCGCUGGAGGGCCACGAUGGAGUGUGCUGCUCGGCCGGCGAGACGGCACGACGACCAACGUCGAGAGCGCCAACAACCUGCCGAGCCCUUUCGACCCCCUGAACGUUCUCCAGGAGAAGUUCAGAAACUUCAACCUCGACGACACUGACCUCGUCGCCCUCCAAGGAGCGCACACAUUCGGUAAGGUGCAGUGUCAAUUCACGCAGCAGAACUGCGCAGCGGGGCAGCCCGACGAUACGCUGGAGAACCUGGACGAGGCCACACCCAAGGUGUUCGACAACAAGUAUUACGGCAACCUCCUGCACGGCCGCGCCAAGCUCGAGUCCGACCAGGUCAUGCUGUCCGGCCCUGCCGCGGAGGCGACCACCGCCCCCAUCGUUCAUCGGUUUGCAAGCAACCAAAAGGAUUUCUUCAAGAACUUUGCCGCGUCCAUGGUUAAGAUGGGCAACAUCGCCCCGCUAACUGGGAACGAUGGAGAGAUCCGAAAAAAUUGCCGGAGGAUCAACAGCAAAGGCUACUGAAGAAGACUCUUUUUCCAUGCAAUUGAUUUCCCCUUUGUUUAACCAACUGUAGUUAUGCAUGUGUAAAUAAUCAUUCUUUCGAUUCUUAUUCUUUGUAAAUGUUCCCCUUCUUGAAAGCAAAUGUGAAAAUAUUUUACACGUCU